CUAAUUUUAAUUUAAAUACUUUUCAUCUUCGUAUGUUUUUGAGUUUUUAUUUUAGGUAUUAAUUUUGUGUUACAUUACACAUCUGUCUUUAUAAUGAGCAAUUCCUGCUCUCUACAAUCCAUUUGACAAAUAUUUUUCCCUCUAGGUGCUCAGAAGUUUAGGUAAUCCUGUGGCUGGUGAUUCACACACAACUUCUGCAAUUCUCAUUCCUGGACAUGAUCACAGGCUAGUAAAUGCUUGCACUUUCUAAGCUGCUGAAUUAUUGUCUUCAUUACAUUUUAAUUAUUAACAUUUUCAAACAUUUUAGAUAAUGUGAUAAAAGUUCUAGUAAAAUGUUUGAAGAGUGAACACAGGGUCUUGAAGGUAGUGGGUCUAUGUUCAUUGUUUUGGUAUUAAUUAUCAUCAGCAAUUCUCACUCAAAACUUUGCUGUUAUUGUAGGAAGCAGUAUGGGUUCUAUCAAAUAUGGUUGCUGGUUCCAUCAACCAUUAGCAGCUGAUAUAUUGUAGUGAAGCACUGCCUUUAUUGUUAUGCCUUCUUUCUUUAGUCCCUUUCGAUAUGAGAAAGGAAGUGGCCUAUGUCUUGGGAAACAUCUGUGUUGGCCCAACAGAGGGUGAUGGAAAGCUAAAUCUCAUUGUGGAGCACUUGGUUUCCCUUGUUCAGAAAGGUUGCCUCUCUGGUUUCAUUGAUUUGGUCAGAUCUGCUGAUAUUGAAGCUGCAAGAGUUGGACUUCAAUUUAUGGAGCUGGUAUUAAGGGGAAUGACAAACGGAGAGGGUCCAAAGCUUGUUGAACGAGAAGAUGGAAUUGAUGCAAUGGAAAGAUUCCAGUUUCAUGAAAAUAUAGACUUGAGAAAUAUGGCAAACGGUUUAGUUGAUAAAUAUUUUGGGGAGGAUUACGGGCUUGACGAGUAAGGGUACUUAAUGACUCCAGGGACCCGUUGUCCCUCUAUCCAUCUCUGCUUUCACGAUCCUUCUCUGAAUUUUCUUCCAAUCUUUUGUGGUAGGUAAAAUUGUGGUUUAUGAAGUUGACUUUGAAUUUGAAGGCCUCCUCUCCAUACCCAACGGAACAUCUGCUGCAAGCCUAGGUCAUGUAUGGCGUUUGGGUGUGUAUACGCUUUAGGAAUUGUCUUAAUUUUUUUUAAAAUAAUAAUAAUAAAAAACUUGCCAAUUUCAG